CCGGUACCGUCAAUUCAGAUCAUUUCAUAUACACUGUGGGGCGCAGUUCUAUCCAUAGCGCGUGGCUAUCAUGAAGGCGUUUAUUGUGUUGUCCAUCAUCCUGGCAGUUGCCGCCAGUACUGCAGUCGACAGCUCGAAAAAGGAUAAGCGUAGCUUGUACGAACAUCAUGAACCGUUUGUCUUCCCGGAGCACGAGCCAGAAGUGAAACAUGUGACGAUUGAGAAAAACGUUCCCGUGCCCUAUCCCGUGGAAGUAGAGAAACAUGUUCCCUAUGAAGUUAAGGUCCCUUAUCCGGUCGAGGUCGAGAAGAAAGUCCCGGUCUACGUGGAGAAGAAGGUUCCCAUCUACGUCGAGAAGAAGGUUCCCGUGCACGUUGACCGACCGGUACCUUAUCCAGUCGAAGUAAAAGUUCCAGUGGUCCAGAAGGAAUACGUCGAAGUGCCCAAACCGUACGCAGUUCAUGUCGAAAAGCCAGUCCCAGUGUACAUCAGUAAGCCAGUGUACGUAGAAAAGGCCGUUCCCGUUACGGUCCUAAUUAAGCAACACAAGAAGAGCCUGUGGGGUUAAGCUCUCCCA